AUGCCCUCGGACUUCAUCUCUCUGCUCAGCGCCGACCUCGACCUCGAGUCCCCCAAGUCCCUCUACUCUAAGGAAUCUGUCUAUGACCUUCUCCCAAAGGAGCUGCAGUUACCACCUUCCAGAGAAACAUCUGUAGCAUCCAUGAGCCAAACAAGCGGUGGCGAGGCAGGUUCGCCGCCUCCAGCUGUAGUUGCUGCUGAUGCUUCUUCAGCUCCUUCCUCUUCCUCCAUGGGCGGUGCUUGCAGCUCCUUUACCACCUCUUCCAGUCCUACCAUUUACUCUACCUCAGUCACCGACAGCAAGGCUAUGCAAGUGGAGAGCUGCUCCUCAGCCGUGGGGGUAAGUACCAGAGGGGUAAGUGAAAAGCAGUUAACCAGUAACGCAGUCCAGCAGCAGCAGUCAACGCCGAAGAGACACACAGUCCUGUACAUCUCGCCACCACCUGAGGACUUGCUGGACAACAGUUGGAUGUCCUGCCAGGAUGAGGGGUGUGGAUUGGAGUCAGAACAGAGCUGCAGUAUGUGGAUGGAGGAUUCACCCUCCAACUUCAGUAACAUGAGUACCAGUUCCUACAAUGAUAACACUGAGGUGCCACGUAAAUCACGCAAACGAAAUCCAAAGCAGAGGCCAGGGAUCAAACGUCGAGAUUGUGAAGAGUCCAACAUGGAUAUAUUUGAUGCCGACAGCGCCAAAGCGCCUCACUAUGUCCUUUCUCAGCUCAGCACGGACAGCAAAGGCAACUCAAAAGCAGGAAAUGGAGCAUCAGAGAACCAGAAAGGAGCUGGAGGGAAGAAGACCCCAAUGUUGUGUGGUCAGUAUCCGACUAAGAGUGAGGGGAAGGAGCUGAAGAUCGUGGUACAGCCAGAAACCCAACACAGGGCUCGUUACCUGACUGAAGGCAGCCGAGGCUCAGUGAAAGACCGGACCCAGCAAGGCUUUCCAACAGUCAAGCUGGAAGGUCACAAUGAGCCGGUGGUGCUGCAGGUAUUUGUGGGUAAUGACUCCGGUCGAGUGAAGCCACAUGGGUUCUACCAGGCCUGCAGAGUUACUGGGAGAAACACUACCCCUUGUAAAGAAGUGGAUAUAGAAGGAACUACUGUUAUUGAGGUUGGACUGGACCCAAGCAACAAUAUGACACUUGCGGUUGAUUGUGUGGGGAUACUGAAGCUAAGAAAUGCUGAUGUUGAAGCUAGGAUAGGGAUUGCUGGCUCGAAGAAGAAAAGCACACGUGCUCGGCUGGUAUUUCGUGUUAACAUCACUCGCAAAGAUGGUUCAACUUUGACUCUUCAGACACCCUCUUGCCCGAUUUUGUGCACUCAACCAGCAGGAGUUCCAGAGAUCCUAAAGAAAAGUCUGCACAGUUGUUCAGUGAAGGGUGAAGAGGAAGUUUUUCUGAUUGGCAAGAACUUUCUAAAGGGAACAAAAGUGAUUUUCCAAGAGAACGUUUCUGAUGACAAUUCAUGGAAGGCAGAAGCUGAAAUUGACAUGGAAUUAUUUCAUCAGAAUCACCUUAUUGUGAAGGUGCCACCAUAUCAUGACCAGCAAAUAACCUCAGCUGUUUCUGUGGGAAUAUAUGUUGUGACCAACGCUGGAAGAUCACGUGAUGUGCAGCCAUUUACAUACACUCCAGAUACAUCUGGUACUCUGAAUGUUGAUGUGAAAAAGGAAAUCUCCAGCCCAGCCCAACAUUGUUCUUUUGAAGAGGCUAUAAAAGCAGUGAAAGCCACUGGUUGUAACCUGGAGAAGGUCAACAUUCUUCCUAGUGCCUUGAUAACUCCGCUUAUACCAAGCAGUAUGAUUAAGAAUGAAGAUGUGGCUCCAAUGGAAGUAAGUGCAGAAAAAAUAUCUCCCCCUGUCUUCAAGGCUUCAAGUGUGGUUGGACCAACUCAACAAACGUUGGAAAACAGUAUGUCUGGCAUAUCAACUUCUGCUUCCCAUUUACCUUCUGAAAAUGAAAACCAGCAACAAAUACAGCCGAAGGUGUAUAGUCCAGAGACACUAACUACUAUCCAAACACAGGAUAUUUCCCAGCCUGGUAGCUUUUCAGCAGUCUCAACUCCAGGUCAGCUGCAGAACAGUGAUGCAUUAUUGCAGCAAGCUGCACAGUUCCAAACAAGAGAUGCCCAAGCCAGGGAAGUCUUGCAAUCAGAUGGCACAGUAGUCACUUUGUCACAGUUAACUGAUCCAUCACAACAACAACAGUCUGCACUCUCAGAACCAGCACAGGCAUUGCAGCAACAGAUUUCAUCAAGUAUUUUCUCGUCAGCAAGUGGUGUGAGUCAGUUACAGAACACUAUCCAGCAACUGCAAGCUGGAAAUUUUCCAACAAACACUGCCACUGGCAGCAAUAGAAAUGUAGACUUGGUGCAGCAGGUGCUGGAAGCUCAACAGCAGUUAUCUUCCGUUUUAUUUUCUGGUUCAGAUAGCAGUGAGGAUGUUCAAGAUCAGCUAAAUGCCGAUAUCUUUCAGCAAGUUAGCCAGAUACAAAAUAGUGUAAAUCCUGGCAUAUUUUCCUCAUCAGACACAGCUGUCCAUUCCAGACCAGAGAACCUUUUGCCUGGACGAGCUGAAAAUGUUCACUCACAGCCUGAAAAUGCAUUGUCCAGUCAACAGCAACAGCAGCAGCAGCAGCAGCAGGCGGCUAUGGAGACUUCUGCAGCAAUGGUGAUAGGAAUCCAACAAAACAUUUGCCAGGCUGCAACACAGAUGCAGUCUGAUUUGUUCUCCUCAACAACAUCAGGGAAUGGAGCCCUGCAACAGUCACCUGUUUACCAGCAGCCUUCCCACAUAAUGAGUGGGUUAUCAACAAGUGAAGACAUGCAAAUGCAGUGUGAAUUGUUCUCUUCAUCUCCUGGUGUUUCUGGAAGUGAGACUACUCCUGCUGCUCAGCAGCAGGUCUCCAGCAAUGGACCUGCUAUGUUUCAGACCUCAAAUUCUGCAGAUGGAGAAGAAGCUUCAGGACAGAAUAAACAGAUGCAAAGCACUGUAUUUCAGACCAUGGUUCAAAUGCAGCAUAGUGGAGAAAGUCAAUCUCAAGUUAAUCUCUUUUCAUCUACUAAAAGUAUGAUGGCUGUUCAGGCAAGUGGAACUCAACAACAAGGAGGUGGUCUGUUCCAGCAGGGUGGAGAAAUCAUGUCUAUUCAGUCAGGAAGCUUUAUGCAGCAAUCUCCACAUUCACAAGCUCAGCUUUUUCACUCUCAGAAUCCUAUUGGUGAUACUCAGAAUAUAUCACAAGAAACACAAGGCUCUAUUUUCCACAGUCCAAAUUCCAUUGUCCACAACCAGACCAGUGCCAAUUCCUCAGACCAGCUGCAGCCUCCAAUGUUCCACUCACAGAACACCAUGGGUGUAUUGCAAAGUUCUUCAGUUCCUCAAGACCAGCAGUCAGCCAACAUGUUCCUUUCCCAGAGUUCAAUGGGCAAUGCUGCAACUCAGGAAGAACAAAUGUCAUUCUUCACAAGCCCAAAUUCCAUUUCUCCUCUUCAGACAGCAACAAACACUGAACAGCAGACUUCUUUCCAGCAGCAGACACAGAUAUCUCAUAUCCAGAGUAGUAUGCUUCCCCAGGAACAGCCACAGACUCAGCCUGCUCAGCAAGGUUUGUUUCAGUCUCAAGUGUCACUAGGCUCCAUGCAAUCCAGUUCAGUUCCUCAGAACCAGCAAGGAGCUAUCUUCCAGCCUCAGCAUUCAAUAGUUGCUAUUCAGAGUAGUCCUCCAUCCCAAGAACAGCAGCAGCAACAACAGCAGAAUAUGAUGUUCAGUAAUCAAAAUGCAAUGAGUACAAUUGCUUCUCAAAAGCAGAACAUGAUUUUCAAUCCAAACCAAAAUCCCGUUACCAGUCAGGAUCAACAAGGCCAGUCCAUUUUCCAUCCACAGACUAACAUGGCAUCAAUGAACCAGGAGCAGCAGCCCAUGCAAUUCCAGAGUCAGACUCCUGGAUCCAGCCAGGCUGAAGCACAGCAGCCAGCCAUCUUCCAUAAUUCACCCCAGAUUCAGUUGGUCCAAGGAUCACCAAGUUCUCAAGAGCAACAAGUCACCCUUUUCAUCUCUUCAGCUUCCAUGUCUGCCUUGCAGAACAGUAUGAGCCAGCAAGAGCUGCAGCAGUCUCCUAUGUAUUCGUCUCAAAACAGCAUGGCAGGAAUGCAAGGAACUGCUUCUCCUCCACAGCAACAAGCUUCUUUAUUCCACAACGCAGCAGGAGGUGCUAUCAACCAGCUGCAGAAUUCUCCUGCUUCAUCUCAGCAAACAUCAGGAAUAUUCCUGUUUGGCAUUCAAAACAACUGUGGCCAGCUGCUAACUUCUGGACCAGCGACGUUGCCCGAUGAGUUAAUGGCUAUAAGUCAGCCAGGUCAGCCACAGAACGAGGGACAAGCAGCCGUGCCAGCGCUUCUCUCCCAGCAGAUGCCUGAGACAUCUCCACUACCUUCAGCUAUGGCAGCCAACCAGAAUAUUGAGAAAAUAGAUGAUCUGCUUGUGUCAUUGCAAAACCAGGGGAACAAUAUGUCUGGCUCCUUUUAAUUGGUCAAAAAUUCUGUGAAGAAAAAAGUGAUGAUUUCACAGAUCCUCUCAGACCUUCCAGCUCUGGAUUAGGUUGUGUGGAACUGAUUGCUUUUGUCAAAGAGUAGCCCUCCUUUUUAAAGAGCACACACAUGGCCAAUUGCAGCAUCUAGCACCUAAGGCUAUGACCAUAGUAUUUGGGAUUUGUAGUGCCAAUAAUGCUGAAAAGCUAUGCUUUGUUUUACUAGGGCAUGG